UCCAUUUGAUUCCAGAAAGUAAGUUUCUCUCUUUCUCUCUGUCUCUGUAAAGAAAGAAUGGCCGCCAUGAGUCUCCCUCCUGGUUUUAGGUUCCAUCCAACAGACGAAGAGCUUGUUGCUUACUAUCUGGAUCGAAAAAUCACAGGCAAAACCAUUGAACUUGAAAUAAUCCCAGAAGUUGAUCUCUACAAAUGUGAGCCAUGGGAUUUGCCUGAAAAGUCAUUUCUACCAAGCAAGGAUAUGGAGUGGUAUUUUUACAGUCCAAGGGACAAGAAAUACCCAAAUGGGUCAAGAACUAACAGGGCAACAAAAGCUGGCUACUGGAAAGCAACAGGGAAAGAUAGAGCUGUACACUCUCAAAACCGUCCUGUUGGAAUGAAGAAGACGUUGGUAUAUUAUAGAGGAAGAGCUCCCCAUGGCAUCAGAACCAACUGGGUCAUGCAUGAGUAUCGCUUAACCCACCACUCUUUCUGUGCCCCUGCAUCCAUAUCAUCAUCUUUUAAGGAUUCAUAUGCUUUAUGCCGCGUUUUCAAGAAAACCAUGCAAAUUCCCAAAUCAAAACAAGGGAAAAAUGAUGCAGAAAAUGAGGAUGACAAUUAUUGUAACGAUGAGAAUUUGAACAUUAACGAUUAUUCUAAAUUUCCAAUAUCCGAUACAUCUUCUUCAGAUGUCACACAAGGUACUCCCAUGGAAACUGCAUUAGCCGAUGAUUCGCAGGCUCCAUUUACCUCCGAUGAAGCAAAUAGCUCCGCUAACAUGUAUUCUAUGGGUUUGGACUUCGCUUCAAAUCUUCUUCAGGACAUGGAGAUCCCAAGCUUGCAUAGUUAUCAAAUCGCGUAUCCACCAUUAGAAAUAGAUGACUUCCCACAGAUAAAUAUAGCAGAGACAAUGCCGGCGGCCAAGUCUGAAAUCCACAUUACAGAAGACUACUGCAUCAACGCCACGUUAGAUGAUAUUUUCUCUUUAUGUUCCUCUCAUGAUAAUUCUGUUGCCCAAGAUUCAGUAAUACACUAACAAGACAAACAGUUUUCUUAUAUUAAUUGAAUAUUAACUGGGGAUUAUGGUGAUUUUUAUUCAUUUGACACAAAUCAAAGGUAGGUAAUUGUGUUUGCCUCAAUAACCAAUUCUAUAGGGAGAUGGGGUUACUAUAUAUAAAAUUAUACAUAUAAUGAUGGACCAAGGCAUGCCAUCUUUUUGAUUAGUUUCUGUUCUUUUAGCAUUUUUUCUUUUUUUCUUUUUUUCUUUUUUUUCACACGGUGGAAA